UGCAACGUUUAUGACAUAAAAAGUGGAAUAUGAACGCAUUUCAUCACACCUGACAAAUAAACGGGGCUGUGGCCGCGAUUUGACUGAUUUAUUGAGCUCUCAGCGCAGUGCUGACUUACGCGUCUUUGAUGAGCGUAUACGAAGGAAAGCCCUCUAAUCGGACGGGCAAGACUGACAAAUAGGCCAGCCCGUGGCUACGCGUAGCCUAUGUCAAACAGGUGCUUUCUCUUCGACCUCCACAAAUUAAGCUACAGUUAAUUCCGUAGUCGUUUGAAUAAGUUUGCGAUUGACAACGCGACUGACAACGUUGUGAUAAAUAGGCAUUCUAACUUUUGCAAAGUCAACUUGAAUGCAUCAAUUUUGAACAAAGUUGUGUAGGCUACACCGCGCCAGUUGUAGUCUGCAUGAAGUUCUUGCACAAGCAACCGUUUUGAUUUCCGUAGGGGAGAUGCGGGCUGAACCCGCUUGAGGGAGAGAGGUGCAGGGAGAGAAUAGGUGCUCUACGCACAUCUCUAUGAAAUAAUGUAGCCUUGACUAAUACAUAUUUUAAUAUUUAAAUAAGCAAUCAUGGAAACAGUAAGUCAAUAGGCUAGACAGAUAUUGUGAGUAGGCCUAGGCCUAAUGCAGGAAUGGACGUUACAGUUAUUCAGUAACUAUAACGAAUUACUGAAAUUUAAAUUGUAAUGUGUUACCUUUAGACUACUUCGUUUCCCAAUAAAGUAACGAAAUUACAGUAACACGUUACCCCCAACACUGGCCUAUUGAACUUUGGUGGAUGAUGGACAGAUGUCAGUGCCGUAGCCUAAUUUACCCUCGGAAAUAAUUCUAUAUUGUCUUUAUACAAUAUAUUUAACUGGUCUAGACAUGGUGUGGUCUAUUGGGUUUCACGUAAUUUCAACAUACAGCUUUACAGAAUAAAUAUUGUUAACAUGUUAGGAUCAGCGCCAUAGGAUUCCCACGGUAGCCAGCGUCUGUGACGACACCUGAGUUUACCAAAAUGGCGCCCAUAGAGUCAUAGAACGUACUUCAACAUAUCCAACGUAUUCUCCUGCCAGUAAUAUAUCUUGCUCUGUUCUAGAAUCUUUGCUUAAUAGGGAGUUAAGGCUGGCAUGGACUCUGGAACUAUGAAGUUCACAUCUCAAGAUCCAUCAAAGGGAUUUUCUAAAGAAAGUUUGAUUGGCUGUGGUGCAUUGGGCAUAGUACUGUACACCCCAGGUCACUGGCUCAGUCCCACCCCACCCUUGCCCUGCGCAAGCUAAUCCCACAUGUGCUAAUGGGGGUGGGGGUGGGGGGUGGAGAAACUAAGUUGGAGCAGACCAAAGCUGAGCAGAAUUAUUGGCUAACUCUGGCUAAACGCUAACUGUUUAUUUAAUUUCUUUAGUUAUAGCUACUGUAACUACGGUAUAUAUCACUAUUUAGUCAUUUAACUGAUGCUCUUAUCCAGAGCUAUUUACAGAAAACUACUGUAGAUGGUUCCCCUUCCUGGAGCAGUUGGGGGUUAAGUCCCUUGCUCAGGGGCACAACAGUGUCAAGUCUGUGGGAUCGAACUCUUGGACUUUCUUGGACUCUGGAUAGAUAGUCCAGAUAGAUACUCUCUGCUGAAUCCCUGGCUUCUGUGUGUGUGUGUGUGUGUGUGUGUGUGUGGAGCUCCCCUGGACCACAAGAUCAUGUCGGGAUGGCUGCUUUUCCUGGGACUGGCCUCAGCUGCGAUAGUGCUGCUUCUGCUGCUGGUGACCCCUCAGAGGGGCCCCAACUUCCCUCCCGGGCCCCCUGCGCUACCCCUACUCGGGAACCUUCUCCAGCUCAGCAUGAAGAACCCUAUGCCGGAUCUAGAUAAGAUUGCUCGUCGCUAUGGUAAUGUGUACAGCCUCUUCCUGGGCAAGAGGCCAGCAGUGAUGCUGCAUGGGCUGCAGGCGGUCAGGGAGGCACUGAUGAUGCAGGCCACAGACUUUGCAGGAAGGCCACAGGGACUUAUGAUCAACCAUGUCACAGACUCCAAAGAUUAUGGGGUGGAGUGGCGGGAGCACCGGAGGUUUGUUCUGAGCACUAUGCGGAACUUUGGGCUCGGCAAGGUCACCAUGGAGCAGAGGAUCCUGGAGGAGACUGCUGUCAUCUGCUCACAUUUAGAGAAGAACAAAGAUACACCUAUAAAUCCCCAGGUGCUGAUCCACAGCGCUGCAUCCAACAUCAUCUGUUCAGUCCUGUUUGGGACCCGCUACGAGUACGAAGACAAAGUCUUGUCCUUCAUUGUCAAUAGCUUCAAAGAAAAUGCAGAAGUUGCCAACAGCGCUUGGGCCGUGAUCUAUGACACUCUGCCAAUGCUGAGAAGUCUGCCCCUGCCCUUCCAGAAGGUGUUUAAGAACUACGAUGCCCUGAAGAAACACACAAGAGGCAUUGUGGUUGAACACAAGCAGACCAGGGUCCCAGGAGAACCACGAGAUGUCAUAGACUGUUACCUUGAUGAGAUGGAGAAGAGAGGUACAAUGGGGUCUUGUCUGGACGAAGAGCGCCUGGUCAUGCUGCUGCUGGAUCUUCACUUUGCUGGAACCGACACAAGCUCCAACACUCUCCUCACUGCCUUUCUCUAUCUGACCACUUAUCGCGAUGCUCAAGUGCUUUGCCAACAGGAGAUCGACUCAGUCCUUGGAGAGAGGCCUGAUGUGUCCUACAAUGAUCGUCAUCAGAUGCCCUUUGUUAUGGCAACCAUCCACGAGAUCCAGCGCCUGGCGAACAUCGCCCCUCUGGGGGUCUUCCAUGCCGCCACCAGGAGCACGUCACUCAUGGGCUACCACAUCCCUCAGGACACCCUUGUCAUCACAAACCUGACCUCUGUCCUAUAUGAUGAGAGCCAAUGGGAACGUCCAUUUGAAUUUUAUCCCGCCCACUUCCUGAACAACAGAGGGGAGUUUGUGAAGCCUGAAGCUUUCCUGGCAUUCUCUGCAGGACCUCGUGUGUGUCUGGGUGAAGCCCUGGCUCGCAUGGAGCUCUUCUUGAUUCUUGUCACCUUGCUUCAUCACUUCCACUUCGUCUGGCCAAAGAACAGCAGCAAACCAGACCUCACACCUGUCUUUGGGGGGAUCCAGGCGCCAAAGCCCUUUUUCCUGGAGGUUCACCCACGCAAGAGGAAGCGGAGGAUUAUGGCCCAAUGAACCAGGAAGUGCCUAUGUAUGCUUCUUUCUCACGGCCUUGGGAGUGACUGCUGGGGCUCAUCGGUUAUGGAGUCACAGGUCCUACAAGGCAAAGCUGCCCCUCAGGGUCUUCUUGGCUGCUAUAAACUCCAUGGCC